AUGCGAGUAGGCUACGUCAUACUAGCCACUUUAGCCACGCUUCUCGCCAGUACCAACGCCAAGUUAACAUCGACAGAUUCUGUUUUCAACAAAAAGUUCACGAUCACGAACCCGGACUCCAGCGAAGCAAUUGACGGAGUAUAUCUCCGACAAGGGAAUGAC